AGAGCAGCUGGGUCACAGUGGCGACUCCCCAUACCGGUGUUUGACAGACUCUCUCUCUCUCAGGCGCAGUAAACACACUGUGGUUGCCUAUCGGGAUGCCAUCUAUGUGUUUGGUGGUGAUAAUGGAAAAACAAUGUUGAAUGACCUAUUGAGAUUUGAUGUAAAGGAUUGCUCUUGGUGCAGGGCUUUUACCACAGGGACCCCUCCGGCACCUCGGUAUCACCACUCAGCUGUAGUCUAUGGGAGCAGCAUGUUUGUGUUUGGUGGCUACACUGGAGAUAUUUAUUCCAAUUCCAAUUUGAAGAAUAAAAAUGAUCUUUUUGAGUAUAAGUUUGCAACUGGCCAAUGGACAGAGUGGAAGACUGAAGGAAGAUUGCCGGUUGCAAGGUCAGCUCACGGUGCAACAGUGUAUAGUGACAAACUGUGGAUCUUUGCCGGCUAUGACGGAAAUGCAAGGUUAAACGAUAUGUGGACAAUUGGCCUACAGGACAGAGAUCUAACAUUCUGGGAAGAGAUUGAACAAAGCGGUGAGAUCCCUCCUUCCUGCUGUAAUUUUCCUGUGGCUGUUUGCCAAGACAAGAUGUUUGUUUUUUCUGGCCAGAGUGGAGCAAAGAUCACCAAUAAUCUUUUUCAGUUUGAAUUCAAAGAAAAAAUUUGGACACGAAUUCCUACUGAACACUUACUUCGGGGUUCCCCUCCUCCUCCACAGCGAAGAUAUGGUCACACCAUGGUUGCCUUUGAUCGCCACUUGUAUGUGUUUGGUGGUGCUGCAGAUAACACAUUGCCAAAUGAACUUCACUGCUAUGAUGUGGACUCUCAGACCUGGGAAGUUAUCCAGCCUAGUCCAGAUAGUGAGGUGGCCCAUCCAGAAGUUGCUGAGAGAAUAGCUGCCCCAGAAGAAGCUCCUUCCUUCUCCUCAGAAGAACGUGGUUUAAAAAAAUCUCGAGAUGUAUUUGGUUUAGAUUUCGGCAUAACAACAGUUAAACAACAGCCCACAGCAGAUUCUGAGCUGCCAAGUGGGAGACUCUUCCAUGCUGCAGCUGUCAUUUCAGAUGCCAUGUAUAUCUUUGGUGGGACAGUGGACAAUAACAUUAGAAGUGGAGAAAUGUACAGAUUCCAGUUUUCUUGUUACCCAAAGUGUACUUUACAUGAAGAUUAUGGAAGAUUGUGGGAAAACAGGCAAUUCAGCGACUUGGAGUUUGUUCUAGGAGAGAAGGAAGACCGAGUCCGGGGGCAUGCAGCCAUUGUCACAGCUCGCUGUAAGUGGCUAAGGAAGAAAAUUAUACAGGCAAGGGAGAGAUUGAAACAGAAAUCUAAGCAAGAGAUUGACGAAGAGGGACCAGCACUAUCCCAGAAGGAGGGAAUUGGUGGCAAUGUCAAGCUGUGCUGCCUGCAGCCCCUGCUGGAAGUGACAAUCCGAGAAGCUGAAGCUCAGCCCUUUGAAGUGCUCAUGCAGUUCCUGUACACGGAUAAAAUAAAAUACCCACGCAAAGGUCAUGUGCAAGAUGUACUACUUAUCAUGGACGUAUACAAAUUAGCCCUGAAUUUCAAGCUCUCACGACUGGAACAGCUCUGCCUCCAGUAUAUAGAAGCAUCUGUAGAUCUGCAGAAUGUGCUCAUUGUGUGUGAAAAUGCUAACAAGCUUCAGCUGGAUCAGCUAAAGGAACACUGCCUGAACUUUGUGGUUAAAGAGUCACAUUUUAAUCAGGUAAUAAUGAUGAAGGAAUUUGAGCACCUUUCCCCACCCCUGAUAGUGGAGAUAGUACGAAGAAAACAGCAACCUCCUGUUCGAACACAUUCCGAUCAGCCUCUGGACAUUGGAACAUCUUUGAUUCAGGAUAUGAAAGCUUAUCUAGAAGGAGCUGGAAUUGAAUUUUGUGAUAUCAUCCUGCUAUUAGAUGGCCACCCAAGACCGGCACAUAAGGCAAUUCUGGCAGCCCGUUCUAGUUACUUUGAAGCCAUGUUCCGUUCCUUCAUGCCAGAAGAUGGGCAAGUAAAUAUUUCUAUAGGUGAAAUGGUUCCCAGUAAACAAGCAUUUGAGUCUAUGCUGAGAUACAUUUACUAUGGUGAAGUGAACAUGCCUCCUGAAGAUUCCCUCUACCUUUUUGCUGCCCCUUAUUAUUAUGGCUUUUACAACAACAGACUUCAAGCAUACUGCAAGCAAAACCUGGAAAUGAAUGUUACAGUAGAAAAUGUGCUCCAGAUUUUAGAGGCAGCUGACAAGACGCAGGCUCUGGACAUGAAGAAGCACUGCCUUCAUAUCAUUGUUCACCAGUUUACCAAGGUCUCCAAGUUGCCAAACCUGCGAUACCUCAGUCAGCCGCUCCUUCUUGACAUCAUAGAAUCAUUAGCCAAUCACAUAUCAGACAAGCAAUGUGCAGAGCUUGGUUCAGAUAUUUAAAACACUUCCAGAUCUUUUUCAUUUGUUCCUCCAAGUGUUGCACUCCACAGCUGAAUCUCUCCAUAUUGAGCUGCUCAGAAUUUCAACACAAUAAAGCAGAAGACCUGUGAAGAGCAUGGAAAAUCUGAACUGUUGCUCUCCCAUGGAUCUGCAUGGUUUAUAUCUGUGUAUUUGGGGCAGAAGCUGGUCUCAGUCAUACCAAUGUAAAAUUGAAAUCACUGGGGGCAAAGAUAGAAAUGGGGCAAUGAGUUUAUUAUAGAUUUACCUUGGUGUAACUGAGUUCAGAAUCUGGACCAUUGCUUUUGUUAUGUAAAAUAUAAACAGUAAUGGAUAAAAGGAUCAUUAAUAUCAAGAAAUACAAAGUUUAAUUAAACCUAUUUAAAGGUCUCUGUCUCAUUGUAAGAAGAGCCAAUGCCUAGAAGUUAAAGUCAACAAUUAUUAAAUUGGAAAUAAAUGUGCUGUUUUAACAGUGAAAUUAAUUAGUAAUUGGCCCAGAAUACAAAGGCUUAUUAUAGAUUCUCAUUACUUGAAGUCUUUAAAUCUAAAUUUGGUGUCUUUUUUUCUAAAAGAUAAACUUGUCAUCAACCACCUUAUUGAGCUGGAUAACAGAAGCACUGGGUGAAAUUCUCAAGCCACUAUUUUGCCACUGAUAAUCAUAACGGCCCCUUCUGACGUUUAAAAUCCAUUCACCCAUUAAUCCAUUCUGAAGCACCAUGUUAGUUAAUAGUUCAGAUGUCUGCCUGCAUGGCGGUAAGUGCUUUGAGGGCAGUGAAGCAAAAGGGAGCACGGGUGUCCGGCAUAGGGCCUUUCUGGGUAACUCAUUAGAAGUCCUUGUUUAAUUCUGAAUGGAGGAUGGGCUUCCACCCACACCAUGUGAUGUUUUUUAUAACUGA